AUCCAAAGUGCACACACACACCGUGAACACACCCGGAGUUUGGUGCCUUGCUCACGGGCAAGUUGUGGCCGGCCCGAGACUCGAACCCACAACCUUCGGGUUACAAGUCAGACUCUCGAACCAUUAGGCCACGACUGCCCCAAAAUAUUUGGGACGACUUUGCAUAAUGUUAACAUUAACGGCCACAAUUAGCAUAUUGUUUAGCAUAUUUACUAAAUGAGCACUGUGCUACGUCCCAACUGACCUCACUGUAUAUUUUUGUAUAAUCAAUUUCUAUUCUGUUCUUAAGUGUCUUAAUUAAUUAAUUAAUUCAUAAUUAAAAAGAAAAUUUUAAACCUUUUUUUUAAUUCCUUUUUUUUAUUGUUGUGAUUAUUUUUCAUGAUAGUUUUACUUUCUUUAUUUAAAGCCCUUUGAAUUACCAUUGUGUAUGAAAGUAUACUAAAGUAUACUACAGUAUAAAUAAACUUGCCUUGCAGUGUAAUAGACUAGAUAAAAUGGAGAAAAGGAAAAUGGACAAAAGAUCAUUUUUCAGUGCACCUAAACGCCAAGCAAAGGAGACAGAAAUUUUUGAGGGACAGGGAGCAGGGUCAAUCAGAUGUACAGUGUCAGGUAAGUGUGUUAUGCUUUUAUUGAAGGGAUAAUGACAGUUUUUUUUGGGUGAACAAUUUCUUUAAUGUUUUUGGAGUUAUGGCUGUUCAGCAGGUGAACAUCACAGGGUCACCAAUUUACAGUAUGAUCUGUCAAUUUAUCAAGUGUAAUGUAAACAAGUUAGUUAUUAUGAGUAUGGAAAACAUCUUUUCCUGCAUUUUUUCUGCUUCAGGAGUCAGUCUGUUCUGAGACAGUGAGAGUAGAGGAAGGGGCAGAUUCAGAACCAGGGAGGGAGCCGGAGACAGCAGAACAAAGAUGAUAUUGCUAGCACCAGCACAGGGAGCACAGUUUUUCGUUUAGAUCUCAGUGCCUGCACAAAGCCGUACCAGCCACCUCCCCAGUGUAUCGAAAAACAAAUAUUUUCAAAUAAGUCAUUGACAUUUCAAGAGAAAUGGUAUCAAGACUUUCCAUGGCUACAUUACAGUCCAUCAGUGAAAGGGGUCUUAUGUUUUUACUGCAGCAAAGGUGUUUCAAACCAGUCCUCUUUAGGUCAUAGACCUGAUACUGCUUUCGUUAGUACAGGCUUUAGAAAUUGGAAGAAAGUCAUCGAAAAAUUUACAUCACACCAGACCUCUCAAGCCCACCAACAUUAUGUGACUGUCACUGCACCUCAGCCAAACCCAAUUAGCACCCUCAGCCAAACCCAAUUAGCGCCCAGUUAUCUAGUGCAUGGCAUAAACAGCAGGAGGUGGCAAGACAUUGCUUGAGGAAAAUUGUUAGCUCCGUGCGGCAUGUGGCAAGGCAAGGACAAUCUUUAAGAGGCCAUACUGAAGAAAGUGGGAAUCUGUAUCAGCUCAUAAAACUUAGGGCAGAAGAGGAUGAUCCAGUUUUAUUGAAAUGGUUAACAGAUCGUGCCACUGCAUAUGUAAGCCCUAAAUCUCAGAAUGAAAUACUGAACAUUAUAGCCAAUACAAUAAUCCGAGGGAAUGCAAGUGAGAUAAGGUCUCCAGCCCUUGUUCAGUUUUCUGUAAUAGUUGAUGGCACCCAGGAUAUUUCUGGUAUUGAGCAGGAAAGUGUCUGUCUGCGCUAUGUGGACCAUGACCUUAUGCCACACGAGGAGUUUAUUGAGUUGUACAGCUUAUCAGAGACAACAGGCCAUUUCCAAAAUGGUUACUGAUGUGUUGUUGAGGCUUAAUCUGCCAAUGUCUGCUUUACGUGGGCAAAGUUAUGAUGGUGGCUCCAACAUGGCAGGAAAGUACAGUGGUGCACAGGCAGUAGUGAGGGAGCAGCAGCCAUUAGCCCCUUUAUGUGCAUUGUGGGGCACAUUGUGUCAAUUUAAUCAUACAGGCUGGCUGCUCGGUCUCCCCAAUGAUCCGGGACUGCCUUUCUUUGGUCCAUCAGUUGGGCAUCCUUUUCAACCAGUCAGGAAAAUUUAAGAGAAUCUGCAAACCUCUGAAAAUGAACCCAUCACCACACUGAAACCUCUAUGUCCAACCAGGUGGACUGUGCGUAAUUCUGCUAUAAUAGCUGUGCUAGGGCAGUAUGAGUGGGUCCUUGUUAGUCUAGAAGAUAUGGCAAAAAGUGCAUCUAGGACAGCUUCAACUGCCAGUGGCUUAUUUGAGCACUUUAGUAAAGGUAAGACUGUGUUGGGUCUUACACUUGCUUCUGCUGUUGUUGGAGAACUUGAGUGUCUAAACAUUUCACUGCAAAAGAAGACCCAGACUGUCUCUGGUAUGCAGGAUGCAGUAGAUUGUGUACGAUCCUACCUGCAGGGAAAGAGAAAUGACAAGAGCUACCUUGAAUUGUUCGAGAAAGCUACAUCAUUGGUAAACUCCAUCAAAUUAGUUGACCCUAUUGAGACAGCAAAUUCAAGGCGUUUGGUUGCUGGCAAAGCAGUGGACCAUUACAGGGCAGAGUUCUUCAAAGUAUUGGAUUGUGUGGAGGUUCAGUUUGGUGAACGUUUCAACCAAGAUAGUCUCAAGUCUCUGCGAAGCUUAGAGAAUGUGCUUUUGACUGGAUUGUUAACUGAUUCAGUAGAUAAGUACCCAGAGUUGCACAGAGGUACUCUUGCAGUACAGUUGUCUCUCUUUCACCAGAAAUUCUCCUGUAGCAGCAGUAGAGAGGCAGCAGAGGUCCUAAGGGGAAUGCCAGUGAAGGUGCGUGGGUUGUUUGACCAAGUUGAGGUCCUUGUCAGAAUUUUGUUGGUGGUUCCAGUGUCUUCAUGUGAAGCUGAGAGGAGCUUCAGUGCAUUGCGGAGACUAAAGACGUGGCUAAGGGCUACUAUGGGCCAAGACAGACUUAACAGUCUGGUAGUCUGCAAUGUGCACAAAGACAAGCUCGACAACCUUAACAUAAACAACAUAUGCCAAGAGUUUGUGGGGCCCAGUGAUACCAGGAAAUACAAAUUUGGUACUUUUGUUUAGCGUCCAUUCAUUAAUGUAAGUUUGCUUUAAAUUGCAGAUGUUUGUUGUUGUUGUUGUUUUUAUACAUAGAGCAGUUACUGUUAAUUGAUUAUUUAAUAAUUA